AGGUUGUCCGGCGCUGUCGCUCGGUUGCGGCGGCUGCGGUUGGCGGUGGCUGCCGCGGCGGCGCGGGCUAAGUGCGGCCGCGCGGGAGUCCGCGGCUGGCGCGGCCCGAGCGGGGACCCGGCGGCUCGCCAGGCGGCGGCCGAGGCGGGGCGGGCCGGCCCGGGGCCGAGGGCCGGGGGCCGAGGCCCGAGGGCCGCGGCGGGCGGCGGCCGAGGCGGCUCCGGCCAGGGCCGGGCCGGGGGGCGGCGGCGGGCAGGCGGCCGCGGCGGCCGGGGCCGGGACGAUGACUCUGGAGUCCAUGAUGGCGUGUUGCCUGAGCGAUGAGGUGAAGGAGUCCAAGCGGAUCAACGCCGAGAUCGAGAAGCAGCUGCGGCGGGACAAGCGCGACGCCCGGCGCGAGCUCAAGCUGCUGCUGCUCGGCACGGGCGAGAGCGGGAAGAGCACUUUCAUCAAGCAGAUGCGCAUCAUCCACGGCGCCGGCUACUCGGAGGAGGACAAGCGUGGCUUCACCAAGCUCGUCUACCAGAACAUCUUCACCGCCAUGCAGGCCAUGAUCCGGGCCAUGGAGACGCUCAAGAUCCUCUACAAGUACGAGCAGAACAAGGCCAAUGCGCUCCUGAUCCGGGAGGUGGACGUGGAGAAGGUGACCACCUUCGAGCAUCAGUACGUCAGCGCCAUCAAGACCCUGUGGGAGGACCCGGGCAUCCAGGAGUGCUACGACCGCAGGCGCGAGUACCAGCUCUCCGACUCCGCCAAGUACUACCUGACCGACGUUGACCGCAUCGCCACCUCGGGCUACCUGCCCACCCAGCAGGACGUGCUGCGGGUCCGCGUGCCCACCACCGGCAUCAUCGAGUACCCUUUCGACCUGGAGAACAUCAUCUUCAGGAUGGUGGAUGUGGGGGGCCAGCGGUCGGAGCGGAGGAAGUGGAUCCACUGCUUUGAGAAUGUGACAUCCAUCAUGUUCCUCGUUGCCCUCAGCGAAUACGACCAAGUCCUGGUGGAGUCGGACAAUGAGAACCGGAUGGAGGAGAGCAAAGCCCUGUUCCGGACCAUCAUCACCUACCCCUGGUUCCAGAACUCCUCCGUCAUCCUCUUCCUCAACAAGAAGGACCUGCUGGAGGACAAGAUCCUGUACUCGCACCUGGUGGACUACUUCCCCGAGUUCGACGGUCCCCAGCGGGACGCCCAGGCGGCGCGGGAAUUCAUCCUGAAGAUGUUUGUGGACCUGAACCCCGACAGCGACAAGAUCAUCUACUCACACUUCACAUGUGCCACCGACACGGAGAACAUCCGCUUCGUGUUCGCGGCCGUGAAGGACACCAUCCUGCAGCUCAACCUCAAGGAAUACAACCUGGUCUGAGCGCCCAGGCCCAGGGAGAUGGGACGGAGACACGGGGCAGGACCUUUCCACGGAGCCUGCGGCUGCCGGGCCGGUGGCGCUGCCGAGCCCGGGCCGGGGCCUCUGCCCGCGGGAGUUUUUUUUUUUUUUUUUUUUUUUUUUUUUUCAUAUUUUUAACAAAUGGUUUUUAUUUCACAGUUAUCAGGGGAUGUACAUCUCCCCCUCUGUACACUUCGCGCACCUUCUCACCUUUUGUCAACUGCAAAGGCAGCCUUUUUCUGGCCUUGACUUAUGGCUCGCUUUUUUCUAAAAAAAAAAAAAAACGAAAGAAAAAAAAAGCAACAAAACAUAAAACACACAUGCGCCCCGUGCCCCCAGUGACUCUGGGCCUCACAGAGCCCCCGCCAGCCAGCAUGGGGGCCCGCCCACAGCCAGUCACGCACCCCCACCCCGCAGCCCCCCAUGGCUGUCCUUCCAACCCCACGUGCUUUUUCUUUCUCCCGCCCGCUUCUUUUCUUCAUCACGAAAGGCGUGGAGACUCGGAGACGGACGUUUUUCCCCUUUUUUAAGUUAUUGACGCCCAGUGCGCCUCGCCUCUUCAUGAAUCAAUGCUGUGCUUUGCCCACUGGACUCCUGAAGAGGGGGUGGGGGGCUCCCUCAGUUGCCCACCCUGGGAAGUGCCUAACCUUUUUUUUUUUUUUUUUUUUUUGAGUUAAAAGAACGCCUGACUUGCAGGUUGAAGAAACGCCCUGGGCCCUCUCUCAUGGCCGGGUUCCCCGUCCCUCUGCAGAGGCUGGGAAGGGUCCCCGGGCUGGAGCCCUGGGGGCUCCUCUGGGCUGUGCCUCCGGGGCCAACACUGGCUGCUUGGGGCUGCCUGGGGACUCCAGAGGGCUGCACGGCCACCCUGCCCUGGCUGGAGUGUACCCCACCGGAGCCCACGUGGGCUGGGCGGCUGGAGGGACGGUCCCCCCGGUGACACUGGGAGAAAGGCCACUUGGAUGGGGGUGUUUCUUUCUGUUUUGUUCCGCUUUGUGAUGUCACCAAUUUGGAAACAGGGUGGGUGGGGACUUUUACAGAAUAUUCUCAGGUGUGUACCCGAGAGGCAGAGAGAGGGAUGUGGCCGGCAGCUCUGUGUGUGGCCUUGUCCCAAGCACUUGUGUCCGCCCCCGAGCGCCGCCCCCGGGGAGCGGGAAGCCAGCACUCGCACUUUGGCCGGGGCGCAUGGAAGGUGGCGGCAGGCACCGGCCUGGGCAGCUUCCAGGCCUGGCUGGCCACGGCCCGAGGGGGAGCCCGCCAGGCCACGCCGCACUGAGCCACAGCCCCGGGGGCCGUCUCCCGGGGCCCCUUUAGGCACUGAGACUGGUUCUCCCUGAGAGACUCGGAAGGUGGGGAAUGAGGGGACUGUUUGGGGAGGUGGCUUUUUCGUCUGCUGUUGACUGAACACUACGGCGCCCUGUGGUUCUGGGCUUCGCACAACUGCCCUAGGGAUGGAUCGCCUGUGCUGCCUUCGCCCGCCGCCACACCGGGACCCUGCACGGCUGCUUCUGGCCUCGACAGAUGACAAAAGAAAGCCCCAAAAUAGGACCACCCCGACCAGCAGUUCCCGCCUGCCCAUCCGCCACUGUCAGGCCUGCCCUGGCCUCCUCGUCCGAAGGGCUGUCUGCUGGCUUCUGGGGGGAGAAGAGCGGGGAGCCCCGUGGAGGGGGCGGGGUAGACCAGGUCAGGGCAGCUACAUGUCUGGUGAUCAGCCCCAUGGGGAGACGGGGCCAGCGGGACCCCCCCCGCCCCGGCUUCCCCACGCGACUUUUCUUCUGUCUCGCCCAGAAGCGUCCUUUUUUUGUGUGCCAGGUGUCUACCUAAGAGGGUUGUCGCCAGAAGCCCCCCAUGGCGAGUGCUGGGGCCCGGCAGUGCCCUGGGGGAGCAGAUGGGGCCACCCCUGGCAGGGCCGCUGCAACCCUUUCCGGCAGCAGAGCCCUCUGGGGGGCCUGUGCUUGUGGCAUCUCUUGAGGGCCCAGAUCGCACAAGGUGACCUGGCCGUGGUCUGAGGGUGGAGUCGCUCAGCACGCAGGCCGGGGCGCUGCUGGGCUAAGUAUUAGCCCUUCCCAGGGAGAGGGCUGUGCCAAGCAUCCCAGAGCUGGGCUGGGGCCGCCAAAACGUCUUGGCCUGGAUCCUCUGGGUCUGAGUGCCUGAUCCCCUGCCCCUAAAAAAGUGGAGGUGGGUGUUGCAGGCCCAGGGCAGGGGUGCCUGCCCCAGGAGAGUCCCAGGCAGUGGUUCUCAUGCCAGUGGCACCCAGGGGCAGGGACAGCCAACCCCCACCCUGGCCACGUGUGGGGCCACAUGUGGGGUGUGUGUUUUUACCUUGGUGAAUCUCACCUGCCAACGCUUUCUCGUGAGUGCCGACCACCUUCUCCGACCAUGUCACGCCCAGGCGGCCGCAGCCCCUGGCCACUGCAAGACCCACGCCCUGGGUCCCCCGGCUCCCCCAGAGGGACAUCCCUGUGCCAGUGUCCCCCAGUGGUGGCAGCGGAUCCUGUGGCCGGCCUGGCGGACGGGACCCGGUGAUACUUGUAUAUUACACAGUCCUGAUUUCAGACAAUUUCAACCUUAAUCUAUUUAAAGAAUAUUCUAUACAAGCUGUUUUUAAGCCUUUUACCAUUUGAAAUGCAUGUGUUGUGCGCGCUGGGGAUGGGAGGAGGGGCUGAGGGGACGGCUCAGUGUCACCUCCCACAGCCACCGGCCCUGACCCGUAAUCCAGACACCGAUGGAAGUCGACUUUUCAUAUCUUUCUCCUGAAAUGAACUCUGUUUUAAAUUGGAAUAAAUUUUGUUCCUAAA